AUGGAUAUUGUGUUUUCCGAUGGUUUGUUGCCGUAGCACAGACGUACUGCCGGUGAGUCAGUUGACUCCGUCUCACCGCACUCACUGCGACGCGUCACUUGUUAAUGCUUACACAACUCUUUAUAUAAAACUGCUGAGCUCCCGAUGGUACAGACAAUUUUAGAAGAAACGUACAUCGUGCCGCUGCAGCAUCACGACCACAAAUUAGAGCAUGAGGGUGGCCUUAGUGAUAGGAUUGCUAACGCUAUUGACGGUCGCUCAUGCACGCCGUCUACCUACUGCCAAAUAUGUACAAUCUACGGAGAAAACAAUAGCAGACCAGGAACCUGCGGGAACUGGCCACAAGAAGGAGGCGCAUCAUAAUCAUGAAUACAAGAAGGGAGGCGGUAAAGAACAUCAUGCACAUCAUCAUCACGAACAUGGUGAACAUGGACACAAAGGUUAUAAAGGUCAUCAUCAUCACGAAGAGGGUAAGAAGGGCCACCAUGAUAAGGAACAUCAUAAAGGUGAAUACGACGAUCAUGGAGGCCACAAAAAGGAACACCAUCAUGAGGAUGGCCACUACGACGAGCAUCAUAAAGGUGAAAAAGGUGAAAAGGGACAUAAAUAUGAGGAGAAAGGACAUUAUAAUAAAGGACAUUCUACAAAAGGCCAUCACGAAGUGCAUAAGCUUGAUGAAUUCAAAAAAGAUAAACAUUUCUUCGACGAAGAAGGAGAUUCUGGUCACGAGGAAAAGCACGGAGGCUUUCAUGAGGAGCAUGGCCAUAAGAAAGGUGGACAUUUCAAGAAAGGUCAUCAUCAUGGCGGGCACCAUGAACAUGAACACGGCAAAAAGGGACAUCACGAAAAAGGCGGUCAUCACCAUGAGCACAAGGGCCAUAAGGAGGCCGCUGGUCAUGACGAACAUUAUCAUCACCACCACGAUCACGCCAAAAAGGGCGGUCACGAUCAUCACAAGAAAUGGGGCUACAAGAAAGGACAUUGAUUACCGUAUUAACAUUACAGAAUAUUAUAACUCAAAGAAAGCAGAGUUGAAACCGAUCGACCCGACAUAUUUUUUACCUUGCGUAAGUUGUGGUUAUUAUACAGUCACUUGUCAAUUACGGAUAAAACAGUGCACUUUGGAUUGUCUAGUUUGGAUAAUAUAUAAUGCUGUGAUCGUGAAAAUGUUUCUAUUUUCACAUUUAUAUAUGUAUAGUGGUA